AUGGUAUUUAAAAGACUUUUGCAUUCUACAAAAAAAAAUAUUGCAUUUGCAUUUGAUAUCGAUGGCGUACUUUUAAGAAGCAAGACUCCCAUUCCUGGUGCAGGUGAUGCGUUGAGGCUACUAAACAAAAAUAAUAUCCCUUAUAUUCUAUUAACAAAUGGGGGUGGUUCUUUAGAAUAUCAACGUGCUGAGUUUUUAUCAAAUACAUUAGAUGUGGCGAUUUCCCCAGAUCAAGUUAUAUUAAGUCAUACUCCUUAUAGAACUCUAGCUAAUAAAUACAACAAAAUUUUAGCUAUUGGCACACCUUCCGUAAGAGAAGUGGCUAAAUCCUAUGGCUUCAAAAAUGUUGUUCAUCAAACUGAUAUAAUUAGGUAUAACAAAUUCAUUACACCUUUCACAGGAUUAUCAAAUGAACAAUUAUUAGAAUAUUCUCAAGAAAUUCCAGAUAUAGAUACUAAAAAAUUUGAUGCAGUACUUGUAUUUAAUGAUCCACAUGAUUGGGCUGCUGAUAUUCAAAUUAUUACUGAUUUAUUAAAUACUAACAAUGGUAUGCUUAAUACAUUAAGAAAUGAACAGACUUCUAAACCAUCAAUUCCAAUUUAUUUCUCAAACAACGAUCUUCUAUGGGCAAACGGAUAUAGUUUGAACAGAUUUGGUCAAGGUGCUUUCCGUUUCUUAGUUAGAGAGUUAUAUUCAAGAUUAAACAAAGGCUUAGCUUUAGAAGAUACAGUAAUUGGCAAACCAACAAAAAUCACUUAUGAUUUUGCCCAUAAUGUUUUAAUUGCAUGGAGAGAAAAUCUAUUGAAUGGUGGUAGAAAUGGAUUGUUAAGUAAGCUACCAAAUUGGGGUGAAGAAGCCAAGACCUCUCCUUUUGAUAAAGUUUAUAUGAUUGGUGAUAAUCCAGCUAGUGAUAUCAUUGGAGCUUACAAAUACGGUUGGGAAAGUUGUCUUGUUAGAACAGGUGUUUAUAGAGAUGGGGAUAAGUUAGACGGCUUCAAACCAACUUACACGGUAGAUAAUGUUUAUGAUGCAGUGACCAAAGCACUUGAAGGAACUAUAUAA